GGUAGAAUUCUGUCGAGAAAUGCACUACGGGUACAAUAGUUUUCAAGAUGGCGGAUGAGGAGGAAAGUCUCAGAGAUUUUGCGUUUUGUAUUCUCUGUCGCAAGAAUCACAACCAAGGAAGAAAGCACGUUUACUCCAGAAAACACAAAACAAAUUUAGAUAGGGUAUUGAAUAAGUUUGCUAAAAAGAUUGACGAAGUAAGAGAGUAUCUCUCAAAACCUGCAGUGGAAAAUGGAGAGUUAGAACCAGGGGCUCAUUUCUGGUGUCACUUUUGUGCAAGAGAUGUCAGCAAACACGUUACUAAUCGUGAGGUGUCAAUCACUUAUGGCGGGGUCUUUGAACACCUAGCAAGUGAGGAACACAUCAAGAAGCUUCACAAGUUUUUCAGGGAGCAUGGAGCUGAUAAAGAUCUCAAGUCUAAAUUUACGAUUGAAAAAGAAAAAUUUGAAAGAUACAAAAUUAAAGUUGAUGAGAAACUGCAAGAAUAUGAAAAUCUAGUGGAGGACAAGAGAAAAGAGGAAGCUGAGUCAAUAAAGAAAAUGGAGGCAGUACAGCAUCAAAUCUGUCUACAGCCUCCUCAGAAUGAAGCUCUGCUGCCUUCAUUUGUGGUGUACAACACAGUACAGAAUGAACUAGGAAUACUACAGAACCCCACUGGAUGGCAUGAGGGUCAAAGGGUCUGGGGUGGAGGAAUCCAUAAAUACAGACAUGGAUCCAGCCAGUGGUAUCCCUGGGAGAUGGAUCUCGCUGAUGGUGCUCCUUCUGGUUCUAGUAUGUUGUCUGGUCAUGCCAUACGUGCUUCUGAUAGUGAGCCAGAGGCUACAUUUAGCAGUGAUCUUACUGUCAUCAGUAUACCUAACUUGCCAGGGGUCAAGGGUAACGUCCACACAGGUGCCACGCCCCCAUGGCUCAGGGACGAUGACAAUGACCAGUCCUUACCAAAUGAUGCAGGACCUCAGAUUGGACCUUCACUUGAAGCAUUCCAGAAAUUUGCACAAAACCGGAACAAAUUGAAGCAAAACCCCAACAGAGUUGGUGCUAACUUCAACAGAGAGCAAGAUACUAGUGACGAAUGGCUUCCAUCAUUUGGUCGUCUAUGGAACCAGGGCCCUCGCUGGCAAUCUCGGCAUGAAUAUCGCAGAGAAAAAACAAGUGGGAAAAAGCACAAGAAACACUAGAAAUGCAAUACAUUUUUUUACCUAAAAUAUCCACUGUAUCCAGAGGCAGGGAAAUAGAACCUAAUGUAAGUAUAAAGAAGUAUUUUAAUAAAAAAUCAAUGACUGCU